AUGGGCCCAAAGGCAGCCCGUCAGCGGAAGCGAGAGGAGCUGAGGGGACAGAGAGAAGACCAGGCCUCCAGCUCCUGGAAUGGAAACUCUGACACCCCUAGACAACAGGACUUGAAGCAAUGGAACCAACAGAUGGAGGCUGUGAAGACCCGAUUUCUGGAACAAGCACACGGACAGCUGCUGGAGCUGCUGGAUCAAGCCAUAAGGGAGGCCACACAGUUGUACACGGAGCCAGGUGGCCCCCCGUACUCCUGCCCUCCAGAUGCCUGCAACAAGACCCGGGAGCUGCCUUUGGGGAAACGGAAAGUGUUUGUCCUGCGCAAGUCUCUGCUUGACGAGCUGAUGGAGAUACAGCACUUCCGUACCAUCUACCACAUGUUCAUUGCUGGCCUCUGUGUGUUCAUCAUCAACACCACGGUGAUUGACUUCUUUGAUGAGGGCAGGUUGAUGCUGGAGUUUGACCUGCUAAUCUUCAGUUUUGGACAGCUGCCCUUGGCACUCAUGACGUGGGUCCCCAUGUUUCUAUCCACUCUGCUGCUGCCCUACCAGGCCAUGCGUCUAUGGACGAGACCCCGAACUGGAGCAGCCUGGAUACUGGGUGUGGGCCUGGCCUGUGUGCUACUAGUGGCCCACACCACAGUGCUCUGGGUACUGCCAGUCUAUGUGGCGAUGAAGUAUCAGCUCCCACCAGCCUCCAGCAGUAUCCUAGUCUUUGAGCAGGUCAGGCUCCUAAUGAAAAGCUAUUCCUUUCUGCGAGAGGCGGUGCCAGGAAUUUUUCAUGACAAAGGAGGUGAGGCAUCUAAUUUCUCUAGCUACCUCUAUUUCCUCUUCUGCCCCACACUCAUCUACAGGGAGAACUAUCCCAGGACAUCCAGCGUCAGGUGGAACUAUGUGGCCAAGAACUUUGCCCAGGCCCUGGGCUGUAUCUUCUACGCCUGCUUCAUCAUGGGCCGCCUCUGUGUUCCAGUCUUCACCAACAUGAGUCGGGAGCCAUUCAGCACAAGAGCCCUGGUGCUGUCCAUCAUGCACGCCACCUUGCCAGGCAUCUUUAUGCUGCUGCUCAUCUUCUUUGCCUUCCUGCACUGCUGGCUCAACGCCUUUGCAGAAAUGCUACGAUUUGGAGACAGAAUGUUCUACAGGGACUGGUGGAACUCUACAUCCUUCUCCAACUACUACCGUACCUGGAAUGUGGUGGUGCAUGACUGGCUCUACAGCUACAUCUACCAGGAUGCACUGUGGCUCCUGGGUGGCCGGGCAAGAAGAGCAGCUAUGCUGGGGGUGUUCCUGGUUUCUGCCAUAGUCCAUGAGUACAUUUUCUGCUUCGUCCUGGGCUUCUUCUACCCUGUCAUGUUGGUCCUCUUUUUGGGCAUCGGAGGGCUGCUGAACUUCAUGAUGCAUGACAAGCACACGGGCCCUGCAUGGAACGUCCUCAUGUGGACUUUGCUGUUCCUGGGCCAGGGUAUCCAGGUCAGCUUGUACUGCCAGGAAUGGUACGCACGGCGCCACUGCCCCCUGACCCAGACAACCUUCUGGGGGCUGGUGACUCCGAGGUCUUGGUCCUGCCAUUCCUAGAGACUCAAACGCCAUCACCUGAUGCUUAGUGAGUUUUUUCACUGGCCAUGCCCGGGAUGGGGCGUCUCUUCACCCUCAAAGAUC